AUGGCGCGCCAGCUGAACAUGGACACGCUGCAGCAGGACUUCUGGAAGGAGGAGUACCUCAAGGAGGUGAUGCUCCGCUUCCGCUGGCACCAGCGCUACGGGGCGUCCGUCAAGGCCAGGCAGGAGCAGCUGCGCCAGCGGCGGCAGGCCACCAGGCAGCCGCUCAAGCUGCCCGCCCUCCAGUCUCCGGCGCCUGUGCCCCAGGCCGAGCAGCCGCCCGAGGAGCCCGCCAGGGCCGCUGGGGGCAUCCAGGAGGGGGAGAUGAUGCCCGUGGCGCCGGAGGUGAGGCAGCUGCUGUACCAGGGCAUCUCCCAGGACGGCGAGGGCCGGCGGCGCUACCUGACCCUCCGCACGGCCCGCGCGCCCGAGGAGAAGUACUACACCCCCGUCACCACCAACUUCGUCUACGGCUGGCAGAUGGGGAAAGUCACCACCGUCUACGUGCCCCCGUCACCCAAGUGCCGCAUCGAGAGCUUCUUCCGCAAGAACGGGGCCUUCUCACUGCUGGACCCACGCGACGUGGCUAUGUGA